AUAACAUAAACAUUUUUUCCAGAUUGUCGAGCUUGAGUUUCAUAAUGGAGGACGAGGAACUACUGACCCAGGAGGAGAUGGAGGCUAUCGGUCUCGAGCCCGAUCAGGUUCUUGUACUCAAGAGAUGCUUUGACGGUUUCGCAGAUGAGGAAGGAGCGAUUCCAGCUGAUAAUGUGGGAGGCAUUCUCGCUAUGAUGGGAAUGAAGGUAAAGCCCAGUGCUCUGAGGGAGAUUAUUGAAGAUAUUGAUGAGGAUGGUAGCGGUCUACUGGAGUUUGGAGAGUUUUGUCAGCUAGCCGCUAAGUUUCUAGUGGAGGAGGAUGAGGAAGCUUUGAAGAAGGAACUUAAGGAGGCCUUUAGGAUUUAUGACAAGGAGUGCAUGGGAUACAUCUCCACGGACACCCUUCGUGAGAUCCUCAGAGAGUUGGACAACAAGCUAACUGAGGACGACCUCAGUAACAUCAUAGAGGAGGUCGAUGAGGACGGAUCUGGAACUCUUGACUUCGACGAGUUCAUGGAGAUGAUGGCUGGAUAAUUUUAAAUAAUCUCUUUAGAUAACAGACGAAAAGAACCAACAAUUUUAAAACAGCAACUAUCAUAAUUAGUAAUGUUUCCAUAUUUAUUUCACAAAAUCCGUCCUGUACACCUUUCAAUCUGUACCCUUUAACCUGUACCCUGUACAUAUCAGAUUUUAUUGAACAAAUAUAAUUUGCACCUAACAUUUUA